AUGGCUUCGUCCAAACGUAUCGCCAAGGAGCUCGGCGACCUCACCAAGGAGCCUGUCCAAGGUAUCACAGUAGAGCCCAAGGAAGACAACAUCUACAAGUGGACCGCAAAGCUCCAAGGCCCCGCCGAUAGCCCAUACGCCGGAGGCACCUUCCUCGUCGAUGUCGACUUCCCCAUAGAGUACCCGUUCAAGUCGCCCAAAGUGCGCUUCAGCACACGCAUCUACCACCCCAACAUUGAUGAGGCAGGAAACCUUUGCGUCGGUAUCAUCAAGAGCGAGGCGUGGAAGCCCAGCACCAAGGCCGUCACAAUCCUGCUCUCCAUACUCCAGCUCCUCGAGGAGCCGAACCCGGACGAUGCGCUGGUCGCCUCCAUCGCCGAACUUUUUAACACCGACCGCGCCAAGUUCAACAAGACCGCCCAAGAGUACACCAAGAAGAACGACGCGCAUCUCGAUCCAAGGUCACCGCCCCCUACUGUCAAUGUCUCUGCCAAGAAGCAAUUGGCACCGACUUGGCUGGGAAUGGUGUUGCAUCGAGUCGGACUGCGCCUUGGUGAGGUCCAAAUGCCCGCUGCCACACGUCGGCGGGUGCUGUCGGUGCUGACGCGCGUGCAGACUGGAUCGGCCGCUGCACUGACAGCUUUCGGCGUGGUGCAUCUAUCGGCGCCCCUGGUGGGGCUACUUCAUUUGGGUGGCGAUGUCAACGACCGCGUCGACGCCGUGUCACGAUGGAUGCUGCUCGGUCGUGUCGCCUACCAGAGCGCACUGGGCGAGGCUCUGCUCUGGACAGCCCUGGCAACGCAUCUGCUCGCCGGAAUCACAAAACGCCUCGUCACACGCUUCACCACCGCAGCUUCGACCCGAAGUUCGGAAGACACACGCGAUCUCAAGGCUGAAGAAACGGCAGUGGUUCAAGAGCCGCCCAAGCGCGGUGCAAGGUUGAGUGUGGCCCAGGCGUCGGGCUACAUGCUUGCGCCAUUUGUGCUGCACCAUGCAUGGGUCAACCGAAUCGUCCCAUCGUCACCUAAGGCUCCGAUAUCGAGCCUCUCGCCUUCAGAGCUCGACUAUUCGUUCGUGGCGCACACCCUCUCGCACCCCAAUGCCGGCGUGAAAAUCAUCAUGGCCACAGCAUAUACUGUGCUCAUAGGUGCUUUCGCCGUCCACACCUCGUUCGCCAUCCCUGCCCUGCUCAGAACGAUCAAGCCCGCUUCGAGGCGCAAGGGGAGCUCGCGCCCAAGACCCGCACUGCUUGCAUCAUCUCUCGCCUUCGCUCUGCUCACCAGCCUCGUUGCUUUGGUGCCUAUGGGCGCGCGCGGUGGAUUGGCCAUUUCAGGCACGCUCAAGGCUCGCUACGACGCCGUGCUCAGCAGCGUAUUCCCCACCCGCCUCUUCUUUGUCCGUCUGUAA